UGAAAAAAAACAAAACCCCACAAAGCUUGGAAAGAGCAAAAAAAAAAAAAAAAAAGCUUGGAAAGAGCCACUAAUAGUUUAAAGAAUGGGUGAAGCGAAGAACAAGGCGAGGGAGACGGUGGAGGAGGAGCCACUCAGCCCAUGUUCACGGCUGUUUAAUUCGCCGGAUUUUAACUGUGCGAUAAUCGUGACAAUGGGAUCUAGAGUCAAAGGAGACACACCUGCCAUCAUCCACGGCCUUGAACACACCCUCGUCAACCACCCUCGCUUCUCUAGCAUUUUAGAGAUGAACAAUGGUAAGAAAGGGAAACCGCGUUGGGUUCGGACAAAAGUUAGAGUAGAAGAGCAUGUGAUUGUUCCUGAUAUAGAUCCCAACAUUGAAAAUCCUGAUCAGUAUCUUGAAGACUAUAUCUCUAAGUUAACGACCAUUCCUAUGGAUUUGUCUAAGCCAUUAUGGGAAAUGCACUUACUAGGCCUCAAAACAUCGAACGCUGAAUCCUUUGCCAUUCUCAAGAUCCAUCAUUCUUUGGGUGAUGGAAUGUCUCUCAUGUCUCUUUUACUGGCUUGUACCCGCAAAACAUCAGACCCCGAGGCUUUGCCUACCGUUGCCGUUCAGAAAAAACGCUUUGGACCGAAUUGCAAUAGCGGUUUUUUCAACAAGAUUUGGUGGUUAUUUGUAGGGCUCUGGUUCAUCAUAAGAUUGCUAUUCAACACUUUUGUUGAUAUCUUAAUGUUUGCUCUUACAAUAUUUUUCUUGAGGGAUACGGAGACUCCUCUCUUGGCCAAACCCGGUAGUGAACUUACACCUAAGAGGUUCAUCCACCGGAUUAUCAGCUUUGACGAUGUUAAGCUGGUGAAAAAUGCAAUGAAAAUGACGGUAAACGAUGUUCUCCUUGGAGUAACCCAAGCCGGACUUUCACGGUAUCUUAGUCGAAGAUAUGAUCAAGAAGCAACACCGAAAUCAAAAGAGUCGAUGAGGAAAAUCCGACUUCGUUCAGCCAUUAUGAUUAACUUAAGACCAAACACUGGAAUUGAGGCUCUAGCGGAUAUGAUGGCCAAGAAAUCGAAAUGCAGAUGGGGAAAUCUCUUCGGCUACAUUCUCCUACCGUUCUCCGUUGGGCUAGAGACCGAUCCUCUGGAAUAUGUGCGCCAAGCUAAAGCCACGAUCGACCGCAAGAAAAACUCUCUCGAAGCCGUAUUCUCCAUGGCAUUCUUUAAAUUGAUACUAAAAGUUCUUGGGCUCAAGGCAAGUGUAGUUCUUGUAAGGAAAGUGAUCCAUAGCACAACGUUGUCAUUUUCAAAUGUGGUCGGUCCAAAGGAAGAAAUUACAUUCCAUGGUCACCCACUGAAUUAUAUCUCCCCUUGUGUUUUUGGCCACCCACAUGCUCUUACUCUACAUUUCCAGAGCUAUGCGAACAAGGUCAUAAUAUCGGUAACGGCUGAUCCAACGGUCAUUCCUGACCCUCACAAGAUGUGUGAUGAUUUGGUGGAGUCUCUCAAGAUAAUUAAAUCCGCUGUCCUAGAAAGAGGGUUAUAUGAGAUCGACGUCUAGUUAAAGCUCUUUUGUUGUGUCACAAUGUGGAAUCGUCCGUUUCUUCUAUUGACUUCGGUUCCUCCAUGAUUACUCUUUUAAUGUAUACCUUAGGAAGUUAUUAUCAAGUUAGGUCGUUAAAUUCUCUUCAAUUAAGGUUAAUUUUAGAU